AUGAGCGAAAUCAAAGUCCUUGCGUUCGACCUUUAUGGUACAAUUCUAGAUACCUCUUCCACCGACAAGAAGCUCAAAGAAAUCUUCCCCUCGUCCGAGAGUUCGAAAGUUCACCAUGUGGUUCAACAAUGGCGUAGAUACCAGCUUGAGUACACCUGGAGACUCAACUCCAUGGGCACCUACAAAUCUUUCGACGAGGUGACCCACUCUUCGCUCUCCCAUGCGGUCAAAGAGAGCGGUAUCUCUCUGUCCAAAGAGCAGCUUGAGGAGGUGGUGGCUUCAUACAAUACGCUCUCCCCAUACCCAGAUGCGGUGAAGCUGUUCCAGGAGCUUCCUGGGCAUAUUAAAGCAUUAGUCUUCUCCAAUGGGUCUCCACGUAUGCUCUCCGAUACCUUUUCGGCUUCCGAAUUCCUAAAGAAUGUCAACUACUUGUCUGUGGACUCUGCAAAAUGCUUCAAACCGGACCCUAGGACAUACCAGCUUCUGGUGCAGCAUCAUAACAUGCAGGGAGAGGCAAUUGAUGCAAGUGAAGUGUAUCUUGUGAGCGGGAAUCCGUUUGACAUUGUUGGUGCUGCUGCGGCAGGGUUGGGGACGAUCUGGAUCGAUCGUGCUGGAAAGGGAUGGCAAGAUGGGUUGGGAGUACCGGCACAUUCGGUCAUGAGUUUAGAAGAAGUGAAGGGUGUUGUGGAGAAGUGUAAAGGAAAAUCAGCAGGCGCGGGUGGAGACCCUUGUUGCGGUAGAGGGUAA